AUGUCCUCCGUUCGUUCAAAUGCAUCAGUUUCAAAACUUUACAAUACCUCUACUGGAAAUGACCUUGACAGAAUCUAUGCUCAAUAUAUGUGCAUCAACUAUAUAACACUCGAUAGCUGCAGUACUUGCAUAACGGCAGCAUCACAAGAUAUCAUGCAGAGAGAUGACCUUAAUGAUGGGGAAUCUGCAUUUAUGGAUUUGGCAUCUAUAUAUGCAGCUACUGGUAACUUCUCUGACUCAAAUUUGCUUGGACGAGGUGGUUUUGGCCCAGUUUAUAAGGGAAAACUGAGUGAUGGAAAAGAAGUUGCAGUGAAGAGACUUUCAGCUUGCUCUGAGCAAGGCACAGAUGAGUUUACCAAUGAAGUUAUGCUAAUCAUGAAACUUCAGCACAAAAAUCUUGUCAAGCUUCUCGGCCUUUGUGUUGAUGGAGAUGAAAAGCUUCUGGUCUAUGAAUUCAUGCCUAACAGAAGCCUAGAUGUUUUCCUCUUUGAUAGAAAGGAACGUGCACGGCUCAAUUGGCGAACACGAAUUGGUAUCGUAAAUGGAAUUGCAAAGGGCACUCUUUAUCUCCAUGAGGAUUCUAGGCAUAGAAUUAUUCAUCGAGACCUGAAAGCUAGCAAUGUGUUGUUGGACAAGGAUAUGAACCCAAAAAUCUCAGACUUUGGAAUGGCAAGGAUGUUUGCAGGCAGCGAAGGCGAAGCCAAUACUGCUAGGAUAGUUGGAACAUAUGGAUACAUGGCACCAGAGUAUGCAAUGGAAGGAUUAUACUCCACCAAGUCUGAUGUUUUUAGUUUUGGAGUUCUUCUGCUUGAGAUCAUAACUGGAAAAAGGAAUUCUGAAUUCAACAAAUCGAAACGUGCUCCGAGCCUCCUAGCUUAUGCAUGGCAAUUAUGGAACGAAGGAAAAGAAUUAGAGUUGAUAGAUCCACUGAUGGCUGAUUCAUGCUGUUCGGAUGAAUUUUCGCGAUACAUGCAUGUCGGUUUGUUGUGCGUUCAAGAAGAUCCUUGUGAGAGGCCUACCAUGUCCUCGGUAGUUUUAAUGCUGAAAAGAGAAAGUUCAAUUCUUAUCCAACCUGAUCGGCCAGCAUUUUCUGUGGGAAGAUUCGCAGACUACGAGGCUAAUGCUGGCAAUUGUUCUGUCAAUGCCUUAACAAUUUCAAGUAUUUCGCCCCGUUGA